AUGUCCUCUUUCGUUGCCACCGGGAACGUCCUGCGGUUGCAGAGAUUGCUGCACUUGUGUGGCGAGCACCUAGAUGCCCUCAAGGAGAAGGAGCAAUCUGAGAGCGUAGAGGGGAAGAAGUAUGGAGCCAGGGAUGAGAAGAAAAUGGAGAAGAAAUCCGAUGAUACUUUCCAAUCGUUCACCGUUCUUGGUACUGCGAUGACCGCAAUGGGAGAGGAUAUCGGUUCUGAGAUGUCCAUGAGACAAUUCAACCACUUGAUGCACUACAGCGAUCCCAUCAGCCGCAGACCUGUCCCCCUUGCUCUCGGCCUCAUCAGCACCUCAAAUCCACAUCUUCGACGUGCUCUCAAAAUACAACCACGACCACGACCUUGCAGUCGCACUUAA